UGUGAGUGGCCUCUACUUUUGAACAGUUGAUAAUACCAAUGAUAGACAACGUUUACUACAACAACAAGUAGAAAGAUUAAAAGAAAGAUCUUUGGUGGACAAAAUCUUUGUAUCUGCCUUAUCCAACUCAUCUGACCCUCUUGUGAAGCGAGAUCAGAAGAAGUCUCGCAAUCUUUUAAAGAACCUAACAGGCGUGGAGGGCAACAUGCAGGGUAUGCCAUUUAAUUUAGCGGUUGGUGUUUCUCACCGACAUCAAUUUUUAGAUCUCUUAGAUAUGAUAUCAACCACAGAAACAGUUUGCUUGGUCGCCGUGGAUUUCGCAGGACUGACAAUCAAUCAGGAUGAUCUACUGUCAUUUUUACGGUAAGUAGGGGGAAAAGAAAACAAGAUUGAAGCAAAACAAUUAGUCAAACUUAUAAAAUUAUAGGGGAAUUACAUUUGGCAAUAAAUCUCGAUCGGUGGUGAAGUUCCUUUCGACCUUCAAACAAGUGAAGCUUUUCAGGCCAUUCAAUGGCUUCCUCACACAUGAAUUUAAUUUGUGUGAGGAAUGCCAUCAACGGGAAGCUUUUUUCCAUCUAUUGUUUAAUGUUGUUACUCUCGUAUUUGAGGCACGAUGGCAAUAUAUUUACACGAGUAAAUUACUCACAACGUCUAACGAAAUAUUAAAAUAAAAGUUGAUCUCAG